GCCUUGGUUUCAAGAACGAACAACAUGAAGCUUAAUUUAAUAUUUAUUUUUGUAGUUAUUUGCAUUUGCGGUGUUCAAUCUAACCACCCAGCACAGCCUUUCGAAUUAACUGACGAAAAUGCUGCUGCUCUUGUAAAGGCUUUAAGAGAUUUACUCGAGGCAAAUAAAAAUCCGGAACACCUCCUUAAAAUUGUUGUUGAAAAAGCUCAAACUAUAAAAGAUGUAAUUACAGUAACUACUAAAACACGUAGCCGACUUCCAGAUUUGCAGACUUUGUUAAAAACUUUCUACUAUGGAUUGGGAUCCGUAGUUAAACUUUUAUUACCUCCUAAUAAGGAUGUCUUCGAUGGAAAUCCACUGCGCUUGGCGACAGCGUGUCUGGCUCCAACACGGCAAGAUAGUAUACCAACGAGUACUUCUUUUCAAGACGAUCCAAUUGCAACAGUUUCAGAUGUUUUAGAAGCAGGAUCUUCAUCACGUCGAGAUGAUUCAUCCACAGCAAAUUCAGACCCACUUUGUGAUAUCGAGUUACAUCCUGAAAAGAGUUCUCCUGAAUGUCAAAUUCUAGUCGAAAGUGGUGUUAAUCGAGUUGAUUUACAAGAUCCAAAAUUCUGGCCAAGAAAUUGUGUAGAUGAAGUGCUGAAAGAAUUCAAAACACAGGAUCUUAAUUCUUUAGACUUAGUAUAUUCAAAAAGAAAAAUAGGAAACAAAACAGGUACCGCACUAAAUCACUAUUUUAUAAGGUAUUGCUCGGACACCGGAACACCUGUCGAGACGUUCAUACAGUUUUUAGACAACACUGGCUACAUAGCCGAAGAUACGGAAGCCAGCAUUGUAAAAAUUUUGUCCAACCUGAAUAUAAAUAUCGAUGACUCCAGGGGACAAUCGUAUGACAAUGCGAAGAACAUGUCUGGCGUUGAUAGCGGUCUCCAAGCCCGAAUAAAAUCUAAGAAUAGUUUGGCAAAAUACGUACCAUGUGCAGCCCAUUCCCUAAAUUUGAUUGUGCAGCAUGCAGCAGAAUGCACUAUGGAAAGUACUUCUUUUUUUUAG